AUGCCCCUCCGUCCCGGCGCAGACAUGCCUGGCGUCUUCUUACCCGGGGUUGUGCAUAGCGCUGGACAGCAGACCAAGGGUACGGUAUCGGACGGCGAGUGGGGCGACAAUGACAUUGACCAGGUCGCGGGAGAGACCCAUUGGCCCGGAGCAAACCACCAUGGCACUGGGCUGCGCCAUUCCCGGGCCCAAGGAGCGCAGCGCCGGCGCUUUGGCCUUGUAGAGACUCUUGCCUAUCUGAGUAUAGAUCUGGUGGUGGAUGUUGGAGGGUGA